UCGCGCGCAGAGGCAGCGCUUGUAUGUGCCGCCCUUUGCUUUGACGCGACCGACGCAGUGUCCGUAACCGGCGUUCGGAAAAUUGUGCAUGUGCGUUUUCCGACUAGAGGAGUGUGUGUGAUUGUGAGAUGUGCUAUUGUUUUCUAGGUGUGGUUUACAGCAGAUGAUCAAUUCACACGGACGAAAGCAAGAGUGCUCUGGCGCUUAACUUACAAACUUUACUAUAGGCGCGUAACCAUUUUAUCAGUCUAAAUCACGAAGUCAAUUAGUACAGAAAAUACAGCGAGCGUAGUGAAGCGCUGUUCUCGAUACGCGAGUAUCGGUACCGCGUCGCGCCGCGCGCGGAUCUUCGCUGUCGCCUGAACAGUCGGUGCUCGCCGGAGUCACGCGACUCGGCCGGCACGCCCCGCCACAGCCGUGGAUAACCUCGGCCAGAGCCCGAUACCGGUGAAGAGGCUGCACGAAGCGCUUCAGAGUGCGCAAGUGAAGCGUCAGCGGCUCUCCCCCCCGUACCCCACUCCCUCGGCACCCCUUCAUCCUAUCCAUCAGCUUGCCGUACACCAACACAUCAAAGUGCAGCAAAGUAUAGUGCAGCAGAGUAUCGUGCAGCAGCACCAGUUGAACCUGGCCCACCAGUCGUUGCAGAAUCUGCAGGCGCAGCAAAGUCUGCAAGCACAACAGAACCUGCAGGCAGUGCAGAGCCUCCAAGCGGCACAAAACCUGCAAGCAGCCCAAAGCCUGCAAGCAGCGCAGAGUCCUGCGGCAACGGGCGGUGCGGGUACGCAGCAGGCAACCGGAGCGACACAAGCCACACUGGUGCCAUCGCAGCAGCCUUCGCCGCGGGCCAUUUCCCCUCAGCAUAAGAACAUGGAGCUUGCACUCUGUCAAAGCAUGGAUUCUGUCAAUACUGCCACCACUGAGGAAGAGGUGCGGACUUUGUUCGUCAGUGGACUACCAAUGGACGCAAAACCUCGAGAGCUUUAUCUACUGUUUCGAGCGUAUGAAGGUUACGAGGGCUCGCUGUUGAAAGUGACCAGUAAGAAUGGGAAGACAGCAUCGCCUGUCGGUUUCGUGACGUUCCACACCAGGGCGGGUGCAGAGGCAGCCAAACAAGAUCUUCAGCAGGGUGUCCGGUUCGACCCCGACAUGCCGCAAACGAUUCGGCUGGAGUUCGCUAAAAGCAACACGAAGGUCAGCAAGCCGAAGCCGGCAGUUGCCACAGCCGCGCCAGCUGCACACCCCGCAUUGAUGCACCCACUCACUGGACACCUAGCGAGUCCGUUCUUCCCGGGCGGUGGCGCAGAAUUGUGGCAUCACCCGUUGGCAUACGGUGGAGAACUGCCUACGCUCUCGCAUGGACUAGUGCAUCCAGCCAUCCACCCACAGAUGGCUCCAACCCCCCUGACGCUAGGAGCAUGCGUGCUCCCCGCGCCUGCGCUGGGCUCGCCUGGCGCCGCCGUGCCGGGUCAUGCGCCUGCGCCGCCUGCGCACCCCGCGCACCCUACGCCACCCUGCUCUACACUUUUCGUCGCCAAUCUUGGCCAGUUCGUCUCUGAACAUGAACUCAAGGAAAUAUUCAGCAGCUGCGCGGGAUUCACUCGGCUGCGGCUGCUGACUGGCGGUGGAAACGGCGGCAGCGGCGGGCCUGUGGCCUUCGUCGACUUCGCGUCACCCUCCGACGCCGGCGCCGCAAUGGCUCGUCUCCAGGGCGCGCUGCUUCUCAGCUCUGAGACGGCCAUCCACCUCGAUUACGCAAGGCAUAAGAUGGCACACAACGGCUGGAUUCUCGCACAUGAAGGAGCCAAAGGCGGAGAAGAGGGCGAACAGCAUUAGCUCGUUCGUGGCUCUCGGCACUUGACAACCAGCGAACUGAGGAACGCGCAAUCUUGAUCCUCAUUGUAUCGGAACUACACCCUUAGGAGACGGAGACCCUGCCUACUAUACCACUCAAUACUACGGAUAAUCAUGGAUCAAGAUUGAAGGGUCCACAACGACCCUCAUUUUAUAAAAUAAGGUAGUAGUUAAACCCCCGUAGUUUAACCCUCUGUCUCCUCCUUUUUUAAGUUCCCGUUUCAACAGCGUCAGAGGUGUGGUGUAUUUACGUUCAUACCAAAUGUAGCAUAAAGGGUUAUUGUAUUAUUAUUAACAUUCCACGUUUAUUGUUUACCGUUCAUAAUAAAAAAUAUUAUUUGAAAUUAUUAAUUUCAUAGAAAUGUAAUAUGUUUAUUUAAUAUUAUUCAUUUUAUUAUUAUUAUGUAAAAUAAGAUUUAUUUACAACUAACUUAUUGUACGGAAAGUUUGUAUAUUCGUUUCUACAAGGCCGAUGUAUACAACUGAGAGGAUUUGUUAUCAAUAUAGCGUAUUACCAUAAAUUAAAGAUUUUAGGAUAAUGUCUCAUUCGAAUAAGCUAAAAACCAAAGGUGCCCUUCAUAGAAAGAUUACGUUUUGUUAAAUAUAAUAUUUCAAGUUGAAUGAUUUUAAAUGAAGUUGUAUGUAUUGAUUAUGAUACUUUUGUUUUAGCCUCGAUAAUGUUAGCGUAUUUAAAUGAAUUUCAUGACUAUUUCAAAUUAUAUUUACCUAAUACUUUCUUAGUAAUUUUUAUAAUGUUUGAUCACUCGUUAAAGCGCUGGCACUCUAGUGUUGGUCUUACGAUCUUUCUACGUAUAUAAAUGGAAUUAUUGCAAUUAUGAUACGGUACAUCUCGAGGCGUGAGGGUGCGCCCGCGCCGCCCUCGGAACGCUGCUGUGGAGUGCAAUACAUCGCUGAACUAGAGUCGGGAACUCGCAUCGUGUUCUAUACUCUACUCGUUUCCCUUUACCUGGUUUUUAAAUUUAAGUAACACACCAAUGUUUCUUGUGCCUUGCGAUCUAUUCUUCUAAAAUGUCGAUGCAAAUUAUACCGGGUGAUUAAAUUUUUCCAAUUUACCACUUUAUUCGCGCGGCACGUGUUGCGCCCGCGCUGGACUCAGUUGUUGACUGUUUGUGCGAUGCGAUACAAUCGAGACCAGUUCAGUCUUGUUGCGAGAAUUUAGCCUUGGCCUUAUGAGAGUUUAAUAACUAAAUGUAAUCAUUAUAUUAAUUAAUUGUAAUUACUUAUACUUGGCGACGAGCCAACGCUGAAUAGUGAAACAAUUAUUCUACUAUCUGCAUGCUUUGACGAGCUUUUUGGUAAUAAUCUAAUUUAAAAGUAGUAGUUACUUUUAUUGUGUAAUCUUUAGGUCAAUACUAUAAACUAGAUAAGGGUAUUUAUUGUAGAAACAGCAUAGUUACAUUACUAUUUAAUGAGUUAUUCAUACAUAAUAAUGAAACAAUGUAAUGAAAUUUAAAUUUACUGAAGUGUUAGGAUUAAUCAAAUGGAAGAUUAAUAUAUUUUUUAUUUUUAGCUAGUUGACUAUCGCAUCCAAAAGGAAUACUUAGUUACCUAACAUGUUCUCGACAGGAGAGACGUUAAGUACACAUCAGUGCGAAAUAGCAAUAAACCAAAAAUGAAAUCUUAAUGUUAUUGUAGGUAGUGACGUAUUCUGCUGAUGUAAACAUGUAAAAAUUAUACAAAAAAAAGUAAAAAAAAAAUCCCUGCUUAGGCUGUAAUAAUAAGAUAUUUGAAUAUUUUGGGUUAAAAUAUUGACACGACAGAAGUCUGUGAGGUAUUGCAAAGACGGCCGGUAUUCGCCGGCCGGAGAUUCCGCAUGAGCUCUUAUGAAAAUCUCUUAGUCAAUAUAUGAUAGAAAUUUUGUCAAUUUUUGACUUAGCAAAAUUUUAUACGUUGUUUAAAGUAACUGUAACUUUCACAAUGUACCGAGCGUCGUGACGUAAAGACCAAAGAUAAUGGAUAUACAGUAUAUAAUUUUUAAUACUAACCUCAAACCGUACCAAACUUGUAUUUUAUAGGCAAUUGUACUGGCAAUAAUGUUUUCGUAGAGCAAAGGAAGUCUCGAAGUGCAACAUCUUUUUUAAAUUUACAAAGCAUAGAACUUACAUAAUAAUGGCGAAGUGGUGCACCCGUAUUAUGCUUUCAGGGAUCAUAGUACGGGUACUCGGCUCUCGAUUCUUGUUAAUAAUUUAUUUACCAAAUCACAAAAUGUUUGUAAAAGUAUAAAUGUUCUUUAACCAGUUUUAUCCGGCUACAAACCCAUGAAAACUCGACGAAAGAUUUUUAUGUCACACCUAAAAUCUCAGAUUAUCUUAAAUUUCGUCAUUCAUUGUCGGUUUUAAUAAUUAAGCUAAGUCAAUGUUUACUUAUUUAAUUCGAUAUGUAAUGCUAAUUCGUAUGUAAGAAAUUGUGUAAUAAUGUAGUAGUGAUCUCCUCAUACCUUCGGCGCCUGGCGUUCUCAAUCACAGACUGAAAAUACAACGAAAAAUUAUUCUUUUCGUUUGGAUACAAGUGUUUCGAUGCAUUUAGUGAAAGAAAUGCGAAGCUCUCUUUACACGUUAUCAAUUAUCGUUAAACUAAGUCUCUAAACCCAUGGAAACACUUUAAUACUUUUGGUUUGCACGAAACGCGUCCGCCAUUAUGUGGUAAGGCGUUCCGCAGAAGGACGCUUGCUAUCAAAAUGGCGGCGAAUUGCGUGCACUGUGCAAAGAGGCGCCAGCGCCGCCAUGAUUCCGUCCAACAACCGUAGAUAGCGAGUAAGAGACGUCCAGUGGCUGCGGACACGGCUACGUCACCUUUUGCGGGACUACUCGAGACAUAUCAUCGUGUAAUAUUAAUGUGUAAUUAGAAGUAAAGAGCGGUUUCAUAGAGACGUUUAUUCUGUAUUUUAUCGUCUACUACUUAUAAUGCAAUCGGCUGUAUGUCACGCUACAUUCACAAUUUGUGUUUAUAAUGUAUUAUCUUUUAACAUGUUUUGGCAGCUGGGUCCUCUGAAUAACUUCGCUUGGAUAAAGCUCCGACCGUCUUCGAACUUGAAAUCGGUACAACAGAUAGAUAACCAAAUCUAUAUUUUGUUAACGUUUACUGUGAAAUCGUGUAGACGGUGUUCGGAUAUCGUUGAAAGAAGACGCGUGACAUUGGCCCGCAUGUGAUAGGGUAGAGUAGGGGUGUAGCAUCGCCUUGAAGUUAGGUUAAGAGAAGCGGUAUCACACAAACGCCGUGCAUCGGAAACAUAUCAAUACUGUGCCCCUUAAUAAAUUUAGUUAAAUACUAAUCUAAGAGAUACAUAUGGAUAGAAUAAAAGAAACAAAUAAGCUCGUUUGGAGUAUCAAAUACAUGCUAAGUGUUGUUUUCGUACGUUGAUGAAAUAAUAAUGUCGAUUAGAUUGUGUUUUUAAAUGGAUCAUUCAUUACGCAUAGUACCCGAGUAGUGUCGCGCAAGUUCGGGGUUUAUUUAAAAUUAAUCGCUACAUAGAUUUAAAAUGUUAUUUUUAUUGUUACUUUUUAGACUAAUGAGUAAAUAUGGCUUAAUUACCAAAUUAAUUUUAACAGUUCGCUUCGGAUUCAGUAUUAAUGAACCUCGUUUUAUUUCGAAGGCAAGAGUUAGUUGCUGAAACUUAUUUGUAUAUCGAGCAAAAUAAAUCUUACAAACUUAUAUAGUUAGUAAUUAAUUGUUAGAUUUGUGUGACUUGGAUUAUUUAAAUGCUUUUAGAGCAGAGGUAAAGUGUUAUUGUGGUUUAAGAAAAAAACAUAAUGACAUUGUAAAAAUAGUGAUAAAGUUAGCUUAAUUAUUCAUUAUUACAACUUUUAUAGAUGUUCAUUAAUUUUCUUUUCUUACUUCAUGGAGUAUUGUGGCAUUGGAGACGUCAUUGUUAAUUCAAAUAAAUUUGAGCUCACCCUCAAUGGAAGUUUUUAUUAAAAGUCGACUGGAGUCUUGUGAAAGAAAUUUUAUAUACCGUCUUGUCAAUUCAUCUUUAUGACAUUUUUGGACUAAACAGAAGAGAAGACCAUUGUUUUCUAAGAUUUUGGUCGACCUGUAAGCCUGGACGAAUACAUUCGGAAUUUCUGACACACAUUUUAAUCACACGCCAGAACGCACUCCCCUCAUAUGUCUUGUACUAGAGUACGUAAUGUACGUAAAGUCUCAACUCUACUUCUGCAGUUUGUACUAUGUCCUUCCUAGCGACAAAUACAAAAAAAAAAAUUAACGGAGCGUCUGCCACACUAUAUAACUUUUAUUGCACCACCCGUAAGUCUCCAUGACAAAAUUAUCAAAAAUCUGAAUCAAAUAAUUGAUCGAAAUUCAUUCCUAUCAAAAUAUGUAUAUUCAAGUUGUUGUGGCAAUAGAGUACAGUAAUGUUAUUAAUUACUAAUCUAUUUCGUGAAAAUACUCUCGUAUUUUCUAUCGUUUAUAGACAAACAUUGAAUUAUUGAAUUGGUGUCUCAAGAAUGUCAAGGUGCGUGUCUCGCGUUUUCAAUUAUAAUAUCCUUUUUCAUCAUAAUUUUAUCACCAUUAAUUUAUCUUCAAGAAUAGAUUUCUAAUUACUAAUUUUACCGUACUGAAUGAUGCCAAUUCUGUUCGAUUAACUAAAUUUAACAGUUCUAAAAUCAUUGACAUUCAUUUUAUCGACUAUAAUACACUUUCGAUUUCUUGUUUCGUUACUUUUAACGAAACAACAAAAUCGAAACUUUCGAGUAUUCUUUAAUACUCGAAAGUUUCACAAAUAUUCGAGGUACUAAAAUAGAAGUUAUUGUCUCUAUCACAUUCAUAUCACCAUAAAGAAUAAUAUGACAAAAGUGUUUAUUUCUGCCUAAAUUUAGUCAAUAGUCUUGCGGAAUUGGCACCACUAUCAUCGUUCCAUAUUUUUCAAUGUUCUUGUAAUCACAACGUUAGUUAUAAUAUUAUAGGUGUUUAGCUUAGGAUUACUGAGAGUAGAUAAUAAUUGACAGUUGAGCUUUUUAUCUUUUGCUUUGUAGAAAAAACUGCUUUACGUCCCUUGUAAAAUGAAUUUUGAAUAAUUUGAAAACUAACAUGGUUGUAUCAAUAUUUGUAAAUUUAUUUUCCGGAGACGAUGUACAGUCGGCAUUGCGACAUUGUCUGCAUUAUAUACAAAUUGUCAACGUUACGCAUUAUACAUAAAGAUUACGAGAAAGUAUAAUGCGCACUCAAUGGAAAACAAAAUCUCUGCCAACCAACAUGCAAUUGUCAAAAUUAUGAUCGUUGGACUAUUUUGACAUUUGAAUAAUAGAGUUUAGUGUAUGUAGCUGAUUUUAUAUCCCUUAAUUACAGUAUAAUAAGACAAAUAUGGUAACUCCAUACAUACGUAGCAGUGCGGUUUGUAAGUGUGCGCGCCUGUCGCGUGCUGUGAACGGAUGCACACAUUUACAUUAUUUAGCGAUACAUCGUGUUGAUAGCGCUGGUAUAGCACGAUAGGGCGCGACUUGCGCGAGAGCGAUAUAAAGCGCGACAUCUCGCGCUAUAUGUCGCUGCAUAUGCAGUAGAUAAAAUCUCCAGCUUAUAUACUUAUGUUAGACUAGAGUUACCAUACUUAUUUAAUUAUACUAUGCCUUAACUUUACCUUCAAUAAAAUUGUAUUUGAGUCCGUAUUAAUUUUCGAAGAAUUUUGUUGUCCUGCAACUUUACCAUGAGUUUAUUAUGUUAGGUAAUGUAUGUAACUGACCGCGUCAAAUAUUUCACAAUUUUCUAUAGAAAAAGAAUCUGUGCCUGUAGUGAGCGCAAGAAAAAAUAC